AUGGCGGAGCUGGACCUGCUGGGCUCCAUCCUCAGCGCUAUGGAGCGGCCGCCGGGGCUGGGCGACCAGGAGGCGCGGCGCCGGGCCAGGGGUCAGGGGUCGCGGCGGGGGCGGACUAUCCUGAUGGGGCUCCUCCCCCUCACCUGGCAGGAGGCAGCGGCCCGGGAGGCAGAGCUGGAGGCGGCGCGGGGGCCAGCGGUUGUGAGUCCCCAGCACGACUACAAGGACAAGUACAGCCACCUCAUUGGCACAGGCGGCGGGAAGGGCGCUGCCCACGCCAUGGAGGCCAACAAGGCCUACGGCUGUGUGCCCGUGGCUAACAAGCGGGACACACGCUCCAUCGAGGAGGCUAUGAACGAAAUCCGUGCCAAGAAGCGGCUGCGGCAGUCUGAGGAUGAUACAGCAGGCACCCCUGCACCCCCCUAGAGCCCAGGGGGGAGACCAGGGGGACCCCUUAGGAGGUGGGGGGGGCUUAAGGGCCUUGCCAAAUAUGCUGCUAUGUCAGGACUCCUCUGAGGGGCAGGGGGUGGGAAGGAGACCUCCCCCCAGUCCCUUGGAGGGGGGGGAUGGUGUUAUGUGGAUUUUAAUUGGUUUUAGUGGCUCUAGGCGCUGGGCGGUGGGUUGAAUGGCAUACUGGGGAGCGAGGGGUUAAAUGGGGUGGAGUCUGGAGGAGGGGCAGAGUCUAGUCCACAAUGUGGAGCUCCAGAGCUUUCCCCUCACCCCACCAGGAUAUAAGUGGGUCCCUGUGUAGGUUUGAUGGGGGGAUCCCUUUUAAAUGCUGAUUAGGGGGUGGGGCUUAGAGGACUCUGCUGUGUUGACCCCAAUAAAGCACCUGUUUUACCCUGA